AUGGGGAACGCAAAUGUACCCAGAAAGGCCGCAGGGAGCUCGCGGCGGUCUCCGAAAGCCUCGCCAACGAAAAAGGCUUCCGUGCCUCGUUCGCUGAACAUCCUAAAAAUGUCGAGCGCAAAGUACAGGCGUGGUUUGGAUUCCGAGAACAUUGUGCGAUGCGCCAGCCAGCCUAUAGCGACCCCGAACAAAUAUGACGAAGACGACGUCGAAAGCAUUCGGACGGAUGUUGAUAUCGCCAUCACAGGAAUGCAAAUAUACGAGAACGGAUCAGCCCUCCACGUAGCAAUCGCAAACCGCCUUCCAGACUCGAGCCAUGCUCAAACAUUGCGUAUAUCCUCGGAUCAUCUCGAGUCUUUCAGUCUUGAACGCAUUGAUCUACAAGAUAUGCUAGUCUUUGAUACCAAGUUCCACGAAAUCAUGUCCGAAAUGACCGGCAUUCGAGAGUGGUGGAGCAUCAAUCGCAGAAGUAGGCUGGUAUCCAAGGCGAAGUGGUUCCCGGAAAACAAGCAUCUGACAAGGCUUGUCCGGAAGCAGUUCAAGCAGAUCAAGCAGAUCCAGGCACGAACCCAGCAAAAGAGACGCCCUUCAGGUCAAAUUCUCACGCUAGCGAAGCUUCAAUCGUUCCUCGGUUACAUGCACUACACUGGCCAGUUGUACAGAUACACGGAUAGAAAAUCGAGAUCCGGACGAGUUCUUCUGCCCCGUAUUGACAACGGCUGGGGAGAAAUUUCCCUUCAGCAAGAGUACGAUGCUCUCUACAAGAACCCCGAGCCUUACUUCGCGCAGAUCAGAAGUCUGAUGAACCAGCCCGAUGUCAAAGCUGCCUUACAGAAGGCGAACUCGUUCGCCCCCAUCAAAUAUGAGAGCGGUCUGUAUGAUGUGUUGGCGCCUUUUCUGUUUCUCGGGAGUUCUUGGCCAUGGGGCGGCAAAGUCGCCGUCACUCGGCACAGGUUUCAUUUGUUUUUGAGAUGGUGCGACCAAGCCCGAGAUCAAUUGGAACUUCGCCGGGACGGACUGGUUAGCAUGCUUGACGAGAAGUGA